AUGCAACAACUCUUAAAAACAAUGCUUAGGCGAUGUGCUACCAAUAUACCCCCCAUAUUUGACCAUUUUACCCCAAAAUGUGUAUUUACACUACCAAAAUGUUCACAUAACCUCACUGUUACCAAGUCACGAUUUUUCCAUAUACGGCCUCCGAACCGGGCUAAACUCUACACCGACGGUGAAAAUGCCUACGCCUACAUCAUUUUACCGAAAAUUGUUAAAUUCACCACGUGUUAUAACGCCCCAAAACAAAUAAAAACCUCUGAACAAUUCGACGAAUUUUUAAACCGGAACUGGAGAGACUCUUGUGCUAGUGAUAUUGUUGAGGCUUUUGAAUGCAUUAAAGACUAUUGUGUAGUGAAAGAUAUCAAUGUAGGAGAUGUACGGUUUGAUAAACUCGUAGAUGGAUUAAUGGAUCACUGUGAAAAAUUAACUGAUGAGGAACUCUUAAGACUUCUCACACUAUUGACAGAGUACCCCCAAUGUGAGUCUAGCACUACACAUAACUACCACGACAUAUGGAGCUGUCUCGAUGAUAUCUGUUGUUGGAAAAUGAGCAAUUGGAAUUUUCAAAAACUCUUCACUUUUGCCGAAAUCUGGUAUCGAUUGAAUUUGGGGCGUCUGUCCGACUUUGUUUACGAAGUUAUUGACAAAGCUGUUAAAAAAUCGCACCGAUUACCCAACGAGUUUCUGGUCUAUAUUUGCUUUUACUUAAAUGUGGCGAGAAAAAAAGAGGUGCCAUUUGAUUUCGAACACACUUUAGCGGAAAGAAUCGAUGAAUUUAAUGUUGAAGAACUGACAAUUGUGGCAAUGGCAUAUUUCAAAACAAAAAGUAAAGUAAAACUUUUACCAAUUCUGAAUGCUAUGAUAAGAGCUAUAAAUGCGAAUUGUGACAGUAUUAACGAAAUCAGUUUAACAGCAAUGUUAAAGACGAUCCGUUUGAGCCAACAUAUUCAAACAGCCGACCAAAUUCCUCCAUUAUUGGACAAUUUAAUGCCACAAAUCCCACGUUUGUCAAAGUUGGCAAUAUUGCAUAUAGCUCUUUUGGGGACAAGUCUCCAAAUCAAACACGAAAAAUCCCUGACACGUUGCGCACAAUCUAUACUCGAGGAUAUUGAAAAUGUCCGUUUAAAAGACCUUGAACGCAUCCUUUUAGCCUGUUCCAUGUUCAAUAUUGACACAAAUCCGAGCAUUUUUGAUUUGGUUUCAAAUGAAUUAAAGAAAAGCAAUCGACAGCAAGAAUCAAUUCAAUACAAUCGGAGUCUUGGCAGCACUAUACACUACCUCACUUUUCGUCAAGUUUAUCCGUUUGAAUUAAUAAACAAAGUCUUGGAUACCGAAUACAUAAACGAUGUCUACGGCAAUUCAUCGAGAAAUUUUCCACGAGAAUUAUUUUCCCUCGAUUGUAGCCUAGAAAUCGAAUGUCCAAACUAUUCGGGAAAUCGUCUAGAUCCGGUUAAAAAAACCAAAUCAGCCAAAUGGUUAACCGAUUAUACACCAAGUCACACUCAGUUUAAACGCUUAACUUUAGCUGACAAAUUCUAUCUAGAUGUCGCUGAACAUGUCUCAAUCGCGAUAGGCCAAAACUGCGUACGUCACUAUCACGUGUUACCCCAUUUUAGCAAAUCAGAUAUCGUUAUUUGUCGCGAUUUGAGUGAUGGAAACUUUGUUGUACCAAAACUACUGGAUCGAUACGUCCUCGGGGACAUUAUGAGACCAUUUGGUGAUUUUGAUUGGUUCGCAUUUAUUGUUAUGACAACGAAUUUGACAGUUAGAGGCCGAAAUGAGCCUUUAGGAAGCAUGGUUAUGAAAGAGAGACAGUUGCGAAGAAUUGGAUUCAAACCGAUUUUUGUUUAUUGGAGCGAGUUUGGGGAGCUGGGAACAGAGAAGGAAAAAGUGAAGUUUAUUAAAGCAUUGCUGAACAUCGAUUAGUCUUCUUUUUUUCGUAUUGUAUUAAAUUGUGAAAUAAAAUUAAAAAUCCACAAAGA